AACGCUCCCAUAUUGUCAGAUGUAUACAUGUUUCUCAGUUCCUUACUGACCAGGAAUUGGCGAGUGUGGUGGUGGGGCAGUGUGCCUGGUGCAGUGGUGGUACGUGUGUGAUUUUCUCUGCAGAUAAAUGCUUUGUCACUGCGUUACGUGUUUCUCAAAGCUGAAGGUGGAAGACUGCCUACAUCAGAAUACAGAGAGUGAGGCCGGGGGUGUGCUUAUUAAAAAUGCAGAUGUCUAAGCUUUAUCUCAGAUUUAGCCAACUCAGAAUCUCAUCGUAGGCGUCUGUAUUUUUAACCAGCUCCUCGUGAUUCUGCUGCAUACUGAAGUUUGAGAGGCGUUGCUGUGUGUACCUGGUUUUGCUGUAAGUCCCAACCAAACCUAUUCUCCAUCGCAGCUUGGCCAGUACGAGGCCGUCAUCUCCCAAACCAGCAAAUGGCACCUAGGCAAGGCUCCUAGGGUCAGAACAAGCUUGGUGUCUUCUGACCAUGCAUUCAGUGAGUCAGGAACCAGUAUGUGGGUGAGCAGUGUGGUGCAAGUUUUGAGACGAUGAAAGCCAGUUUAGUAGAAACUCCUUUCUUAAAGAGCUCUAAAACCCAUCUCUAAUCCUCUUUUAAUUUCUUGCAGCUAUACCCCCAAGUGGUAUAUACCUGUGUAGAGUUUAUGGACUAUAUCAGUCACUAGAAAGGAAAUAGGUGGUCAUAAAAGGUCCGUGGCAGGAUUCCACCCACCUCUAAACCAUGCCCAGUGUAGUAACUGAGAAAGUUGUCAGGAUUGAGAGGAAAGGAAGAAGCCCAAGCCCAGCAAGUGUCACGUGCAGAAAAUUAUGGAAAGCUCUCAGGAAUUUUGAUGUUGACAUCAAAGCAUUGAAAAUGGACACCUAUAACAAAUUGGGUUGUUUCUGAUAAAGCCAAGUGGAAGCUAAUAUUGAAUUAAGAUAUGAACUACGUUUUGAAACUAAUAGAUUUAUCCGCUACCUGGGAAUGUGAUGGGAUGAAUGUUUAAAAGAAAGUAAACACAUGGCAGAUGCCAGCCGUCUGUACACAUGAGGAGCAGUCCAUGUAGUGCAGGAGACUGCAGGCCGUCACGAAACCAAAAGUACUUUGAAUUUAGAGCCCCUGUCUUCCCCCCAGGAGGCCUUUGCUUAUUUCAUCCUGAUUUAUCUCUAGAUUUUCCUGGUGGAAAAAAUUGAUCCUUGGAUGGCACAUUAUGUACCACUUUAGACCAGCCCUCUGACUUUAUAGAUCCAUCAAGUUUAAAUAACUUAGCUAAGUUCAGAGGCAAAGGCAGGCCGAUAUUUCAGUGCUUUGAUUUGGAUAGGAUGCUCUUUCCUGAAAGUCAUUUUCUGGGCACCGGGUGUUUCCUGCUAGUCAAGCUUUAAAGCUGCUUAUACCCUCAGGCCAUUGUGAGUCAAGUCUUGAACUAAAAGCAGUUUAGGAAAAGUGCUUUUAUUAACCUGCCCCCUAGUCCCGUGUAAGAUUGAUUGAUGCUCCUUUCUGGUGACUAAACUUGAAUGAUGUGUCAAAUAAGUCCAUUCUUCCCUUGGAGGCCAGUAUGAUAUCAGCCUCAGAGAUGAGUGAGUCCUUAGCUCUUAACAUACAGUUUAGUAGAACUCAAAUAUUUAUAUCUAUCUGUAGGGUGAGCAUACGUCUAGAUUUGCCAAGGAUAGGUUUGAUUUAUGCUGCUUGUCCUGAUUGUGGUUUAUUAAUGGUUCCUAAUUUCACUGUCACAAGUUCCCCAAUGGACAAAAUAUUAUAUCGUUACUCAUACUUAGUAUAAAAAUGGAAGCUUAUUCCCACCACCGAGAGACAGACAGUGCCUGUGCAUCGAGGUACGGCAUGCCCCAGUCCAGCUGUUACCCUCUGUAGGUGGAGACUAGAAAAAGAAUGCCACUCCUGGAUGAAGACUACUCUGCUUUAUUCCAUUUUUUUCCCCAGUGCAGUUUUGUUUUCUUUCAAGUAUUGUAAACUUAAAAAAAAAGGAAAAAUUUGUAGACUGUGUUGUCAAAUCAGAAGUUAAGAUUGCAAAAAGAUCAAAACAAAUGGUGGCUAACCAUUGAGUGGUGGUAACUAGGCAGGCAGGUGCACUGCCUUGCAUAACUCCAGGGGCAUCAUGCCAUCGUCGAGUGAACACUGCUCCCCAGAGUGGUGUUUGUGGUGCACAGUCCUCUGGCUGUUGCCAUGGCCCUUUGUAUACAGUAUUGUCAGUUAUUGCCAGUUGCUGUGGAAAUGUUACAUUUAUUAAUAAGCACACACUUCUACAUUGUAUUUAUGUUGUUAACCACCAAAUAUAAUAGGUAUGGUAUAAUUUUGAGGUUUUGUGUGUGGGCUGGGCACAUGCAUGUAUUCUUGCUCACAGAUACAGUGCCGAGUUGGCCAUUAUAAUGAAAAAAUUCAAUCAUUUCUGGAAAAUAAACUAGUUGAUAAAUUGGUUUCAUCCGGUUUUUACUCUACACAAAACGUGUAAUCAACUAUUUCUAGCUGUGUUUUCUAUGGGAUAUAUUUUUACUCUGACAGAUUUGAACAAGCUCCAAGCAUUUAUCUUUUUGUUUUUGCUGCAAGAAACUACCAGUUAUUUUCAGAACUGGCCCAUUUUGCCCGUGAAUGGCUCCGAGUCGGGGUUGUCACUCCAGUGCAGCUCUGAGUAACCGAGUAUUUCCUUCCUAGCCCUUGCGCUCCCCCCAACUCCCCGCCCACCCUCUGUUCCCCUGGAUAUUCCAGCGCCAGGUCUGCAGUUUGGUCACCUCCAGCCUGUGGCACACUACCCUGUGCAUGACUCAGGGCUACAGAGCUUGUUUUCUAGCUAUUUUGAUACAGGCUUCAAAAAUAAAGAAAUAAACAUUAGAGUCUCCCAAAAGCUGUGAGAGACUGUGAUGAUGUCAGCCUAAUUGACCUGUUGUGUCAUAGGGCCAUAUUUUUUUACUUUUUUUCUUACAGGUUUGGGCACUUGGGUACUUUGUAAAUACAUGUGACCGCAUUCUUUUCAAAGUUUGAAGUAACAGGAAGUGAUCACCCCUAGAAGUGGUCAGGUGACAUUUGGACAUGCCAUUGUGCAGUUUUUUCCUGUAUAAAGAUGAGUGAAGAACCCGUAAUUUAUACUACACUAAGCCAGCAGAAGCACACACCAAAAAAUAAUAUCAAGCAUAAAUUUAGAUCAAAUGAAUUGCCAUUAACUAAGGAGGAGCUGAAACACCAGAAAUCUUGUAAAAAAUGGCACAAAAACACAGCAGAAGAUGUCAAUGGCCAAGGAAACUCCUCACCUCUUCCCUGGAGGCUUAUUUCUGUAGUGCUGGGCAUCAUGUGCCUUCUCCUGAUGGCCAUAGCCACUGCAGUGGCUGUCUUGACUACAAACUCAUCUUCCAAACAAUCAUCUCUCACAAUCCAGCAAAAAGGACUUGGUUGUCAUUCUUGUCCCAAGAACUGGGUUUGGUUCAGAUGCAGCUGUUACUACUUCUCCAAGGAACGGUUAACAUGGAGAGAGAGUCAACGUGCCUGCUCGUCUCUGAAUUCCAGUCUCAUAAAGAUAAACAGGGAGGAGAUGAAUUUUUUCUCUUUAAAAUCUUUCUUUUGGAUUGGAGUCUACCAUAAUGGAAUUGGCAAGCACUGGCUAUGGGAAAAUGAUUCGGUUCUGUCCUCUGAUAUGUUUUAUCCUCCUACACCUCAAAAAGGACAACUCUGUCUAUCUUACAAAUCAAGAGAAAUUUAUUUAAGUGAAGACUGUGAAUUUAAACAAACCUACAUUUGUAAGAAUCACCUUGUUUAUUCUAUAAAUUCACUGGAAAGAUGAAAAGUACUUUUAUCUAACCCUAUGUGUUGAUAGCAUUGCCAAUGUUUACUUUCUUGUGCUAUGGAGAAAAUAUGUAAAUUUACACCUUUGGUUUAAGAAAAAUAGAAUCCUCUAAAAAUAUACUCCAAUGCCAUUUAAAAAGUGUACUAUAAUUUUGUUGAAUGAAUAAAAUUUUGAUUUAGCUGACUUUUCAUGAAAUAACACUGUGACAGUAUUUAGGAGGAUAUAUUUAUGCCUAUGCACUUUAGGAAACAUUGCCAUAAAUAUUUUCUGAAUUAGACAAUGAGGUAAAGUUAGACUGUAUUGGAUAUUAAAUAGACUGUUUUAUAUAAGGUUACACUAUUGUCCCUGAUAUAUAUAUAUAUUGCUUUUUUUGUCUACAAAAUUGUUAAAGUAUAUUGUUAGGCAAUAACUCACAGAACUAUUAUACCAGAAAUGGAAAUUAGUAUGACUACACAAGAAAUAGAAUUGUUCCAUAAAUUUUUGGAAAUUAAUUUUCAGCUUGAUUACUAUCCAAAAGUCCAACUUAUUCUAUAACAUGGUGACUCUGAGACAACUAAUUAGACUCACAGGUAUAAAGGUGGUACAGAGGACUUUGCUUUAAAAUCUUAAUUGUUGAAUUUUUAUUUCCUUAAGUUGUUCUGUUACAUAGUACCUUUUAAAAAUAAAAAUAAAUAAUAGUAAUUAUUUCAGUUUCACUGUAUAAAAGGCUUUAGAAUUAUUAAAACGAUACUGAUGUCAAGCUGGAGUUUCUCUUCUCUUAGUUUUAUAAGCUUCUAUGGCUUCUAUACAUAAUGAUACGUAAGCACCCUCCUUGUUUAUUUCAUAAAACUUGGGCUAAGAUUAUAUAUAAAGAGUAAAAAAUUAUGUUUUACCAAUGUGCCUCUUUUACUGUUGCAGAAACAACAUGACAGUGACAGAAGAAUUAGGUACACUAUUCAGCAUUAGUUCCUUCCACCCCACCACAUCCAGUGGACUGUACUUUUUUUCCUCUCAAUAUGUCCCUUCCCAAAUGGUCAUUCUAAACAAAGAUAGCAGAUCAGUAGCAACUCUUCAGAGUUUAGCUUUUUACCCUGGUAUGUAACUUCAUGAAAUUUUCUAAGAGGUUACCUAUAAUAUUAGUAUAUGCAUGAAUAUUUGUCAAUAGAGGGCAUUUAUGGUGACAGAAUGGAUAGAGAGAAGACUAUUCUGAAAAUUCCGAUUGCUAUAAAAUUCAGGAGGACUACUGUCAAGAGAAAUAGACACUUUAUUUUUGUAAUAGAUAAUUGUUUUUAUUCCUGAGAUGCCAAUAUUCUUCCUUAUUUCAAGGAAUAUACAUUUAGCAUAUAAGGUCUUUUCUAAAUCCACAUGAGGGGAGGGUGGCUAACCACCCUUUAUAGACUAUAGGGUCACUAGAAAAGUUAAUUAUUGUCAAAUAGAGUUGCAACACUAAGAAAAAAAUUAAAAAAUCAUCCCCCAUAAAAGUUUAUUGAUUCUUAUUGUUAUAAAAUAUGAUUGCCCUUAAAUAUGGGUUAUGAACUCUUCUCAGCUUGACAAAAAAAUAAACAAAAAACAGAGAAAAACAGAGAAGUACUUAGACAUAGAAAGAUAGCAAUAACAAAAUGGGUAAGAAUGUUCAAGAAUUCUCUGUAAACCAUACAGAAGAAAAAGAGAAGUUUUAUUUUCAA